AUGCAUAGGGCGGACUAUGGCAACUCAGGAAGCCAGUCAGAGGAGAGCAAUGCUUUGGAUUUGCCAUCAGCUUAUGAUGUAAGGGAUUCAGUGUUGCAGAGACCCAGCCAGGAGGCCAACAGUGAGGCUUUUAGCUCUGAGGAAUCCCUUUCUAUUCCUUGCUCUUCUGAUGUGGAUCCAGCCGUUCUUGGUGAAGUUCAGGAAGUAUCUGCAAUUUCAGCUGAAGCUUUUGAAUCUCAUUUUUAA